AUGCUGAGGGGGCCGUCCCGCUUCCUGUUUCCUGUGGGCCUAUCUGGGUCCAGACAGCUGCAGAUCACUGAUAGAUCCGUGUGGGACGCUCCGAAUAGCCCUUCCCUUCUUACCCCACCACCACCACUGCAACAGCUGAGGGCUAUUUCCACCACGGAGAGAAUAGUGGGAGGGCGAGCCACCAACAGCAACAACACUGGGGCCAAAAUCCAACUGCAGAAAACAACACUACUGAGACUGGAGAAGCUGAUCAGACAAAGCCUGUCGGCCGGUGAUGGACAAAGGACUGAUGACAACACCUACUCUGCAGACAGAAGCCAGCACAGUCUCACUACAGACAGGUUGAAAGCUCACUGGCCGCUCAGAGCUCUCCGCCGCUGCUGUUUGACUGAGUCACCUGGAAGCCAAUCAGAGCUGAAAAGAGCUGCCAUCUCUUCACCUGUCGCUCCGGGUGUUCCCUGUCAGCCCGAUCAACCUCUGCGCACAAUGACUCCCCAACCUCAAAGCUUUGGGUGCCUUUACGACAAAACAGUGAAGUGUUUUUUGCUGGCAGAGUAA